UUUUUUUUUCUUGUUUUUUCCUUCUUUUUAUAUAAAAUUUGAAUUUUCUCUUCACCCCCUACUCUUUUUUUUUUUAAUUUACAUUCAAAUAUCAAUAUAAACAAGUGAUUAUGGCUACUACUUAUACUAAAGAAAAUAAUCCCUUCGCUGGUUUUGAUCACCUUCGAUUUACUGUGACUAAUGCAAAGCAAGCUGCUUCUUUUUAUUGUACUCGAUUGGGUUUCAAGCACUUUGCUUAUCGAGGAUUAGAAACUGGAAGUCGUGACACUGCUGCUCAUGCUGUCAAGGCUGGUGAUGCUAUCUUUGUCUUUGAAUCACCUAUCCAACCUCAUUUGCAACAAGAAAUGGCUCAAGAAAUCGCUCGUCGUGGUGAUGGUGUCAAGGAUGUUGCCUUUACUGUGGAUGAUUGUAAGGCUGUUUAUGAAAAGGCUGUUGCUCGUGGUGCCAUUUCUGUCCGUGCUCCUGAAGCUUUCACUGAUGAGGAUGGUACUGUCAUUAUGGCCACUCUCAAGACCUAUGGUGAUGUGGAACAUACUUUGAUUGAACGCAAGAAUUAUAAUGGUGUAUUUUUACCUGGUUUCAAGGAUUCAUUGACUUCUCUUCGUUAUGAAGAUCCUUUGGAAAAGAUUUUGCCUUCAGUUCCUUUGGCUUUCAUUGAUCAUGUUGUUGGUAACCAACCUGAUGAUAUGAUGGAAUCAGCUGCUUCUUUCUAUGAAAAUGCAUUCGAUUUCCAUCGAUUUUGGUCUGUGGAUGAUAAACAAGUACAUACUGAAUAUUCUGCUUUGAGAUCUGUGGUCAUGGCUGAUCCUGCUGAAAGAAUCAAGGUACCUAUCAAUGAACCUGCUUUGGGCAAGAAAAAAUCUCAAAUUCAAGAAUUCGUUGACUUUUAUGGUGGCGCUGGCGUUCAACAUAUUGCUAUCAACACUUCCGAUAUCAUCACAUCUAUCACCAACUUACGUGCUCGUGGUUGCGACUUUUUAACCAUUCCUGACAAAUACUAUGACAAUCUACGAAAAGCAUUGGCUGUCCAUAAUCAAACCGCCAAACGUCCUGUGGUAGAAGAUUUGGAUAUUCUUCAAAAAUUGAAAAUCAUGGUUGAUUACGAUGAAAAUGGUUACCUAUUACAAAUCUUCACUCGUCCUUUGGAAGAUCGUCCUACCGUCUUUGUUGAAAUCAUCCAACGAAGAAAUCAUAAUGGUUUUGGUGCUGGAAACUUCAAGAGUUUGUUUGAAUCUUUGGAAUUGGAACAAGAUCUCCGUGGUAAUCUGACUGACAUGGAACAACCUCAAGCUGCUCCUAGCAAUUAGUUUCUUAUUAUUAUUAUUAUUGUUAUUAUUAUUAUAUAUAUAUAUACACACACACCCAUAUCAACACAUGCAUAUUAUUCUCCUUUAUUAUUUUGAC